AAGACGACAUGAGUGCGUGCCCGUACGCCGCCUUUGGCGCUUUUCGGUAUUUCGUGGCCGACAGUACGUGCAAAAGUGACACGUGCAUCGUCGACGCCGCGUGCACGACGUGGUCGUCCCAAGUUGGGCGAAUGACGCGCUUUGAUCUUCCCGCCGGCACGCGCAUUGGCAAUUUGACCAACUUUGCCAGCACCACUCUGACGCUCAAUGGCUCGGACCGCGCGGUGGGCGACCUCUUCACGCGCGCGCUGCUGCCGCCAACGUUGCGUUCCUUAACGUUUGAGAGCAUGCGUCUGAGCCCACUGCGCACGCUGCCGCUGCCGCCGGGCGUUCUGCACUUAACGAUUCAUGACUGUGCGCUGGUGGCCGUCGACACGCUCGAUAAGCUGCAGUGGCCACCGCUCUUGGCGUCCUUGACGCUGCGUCAAACAAACGUCCUCGACUUACCCGACCUCACCACCUUGCCGCCAAGCGUCACCGAGCUAUACAUUGCUGAAGACAAGGUGACCACUCUCCAAGACUACGACUGGUCCCACCUCGAAGCCAUUACCUUGGAGUCGACAGCGCGCCCAAUUCGGUUGACCAACGUCACCUUUUCGUCGCGGCUUCAAACCUUCGACUUUGACAACGUCAACAUUGUCAACAUGACGAUCGACAAUGCCACGUUCCACGCGCUGGUCGCCCUCUCGCCGAGGAGCGUCAGCGACAAACGAGGCUAUCGCAUUGGCUCGAUACAAACAAGUGCGGACGACUGCACACUCCAAGGCGGCCAGCCCCGUACGCUAUGGAGCCCCACAAACAGUGUGUGCGUGCUGGUCCCUGCGCCAACGCUGGCACCGUCCGAGCAGCUGCCGCCCCAACUGUCGCGCGUGGGUAUGGGUCUCGGUAUUGCGGCCGGUGUCCUUGCCGUCGGGCUCAUCAUCGCUCUCACCAUCUACCGCCGCCUGAGAAAAAAGCGAGCGCUCGACCAUGGCUCGACCAUGGCCUCGUCCGUGCUCGCAGAGGAGCUUCGCCAUCUCGACCUGUACAAGCUCGACCCGCUUCUGUUGCACACCACGUCCAAGACGCCGCUGGCGGCCGGUGCCUUUGGCGAAGUCUGGCGCGGCACGUACAACGAGGGCCCUGUCGCUAUCAAGCGCAACAAGAACAAGGAUCCCGUCUCGGUCCAGCACUUUAUCGCCGAGAUCAGCCUCAUGGCCAAGAUGGAGAGCCCGUACAUUGUCAAGCUCGUUGGCGCCAGCUGGACACGCCCCAUUGACAUUGAAGCGGUCGUCGAGUACAUGGACCUCGGCGACCUCCGUACCUACCUCGCGACCCACAUGGCGACGCAGUUUCCGUGGAGCGACAAGGCUCUCUGCGUCCAGAGUAUCGUCUUUGGCCUUGUCUACCUCCACACGUUCGACCCGCCGAUCAUCCACCGCGAUCUCAAGUCCAAGAAUAUCCUGCUCGACGCGGUCAAAGGCACCAAGUUCACCGACUUUGGCAUCUCGCGCGAGAUCGACGAGUCGAGCAUGACCAACGGCAUUGGUACGUACCAGUGGAUGGCCCCCGAGGUCAUUAGCGGGACGCGCUACUCGGCGGCCGCCGACGUCUACUCGUUUGGGGUCGUUUUGGCCGAGCUGAGUACCCACCAAGUCCCGUACUCGGAUGCAGUUCAUCCCGAGACGGGUCGCGCACUCACACAGCAGUCGAUUCUGUCGAAAGUGACAACGGGCGAGCUCCAGCCGACGUUUGAUGCGACGACGCCGAUGUAUGUCAAGGACUGA